AUGACAUUGACACCUGCAGAUGCCAUGCCAUGGGUGGGAAUGUAUAUUGCCUUAGCAUCUCUGAUUUGCACUCUAGCAAUGGCAGCCGAUCUCUUCCGAGGCUUUCGACAACGGAAGCUCUGGUUUCCAUGCAGAUUUUUCACCAUCAACUCUACUACCAUUACACUGAUAACAAUAUCAACGAAGAUACCAGUGGAUCUGAGCACCGACAUAUCUGACAGUCUUGUGCAGCUGGCAAAGUUAAUCAGCAUUGCUUUCUUGGUCACCAUGUUAGCCAACGUUCUCCCAUCUUUAGGGCUUAUGAAUGACAAGGAACUUUUGCUGAACACCAUGGCCUUGUGUAUCCUCAUAUACACCAUUAAUUAG